CGGCCUUGGCCUUGUCUCGCGUCCCCUCAGCGGCGGCUUCGGCGGGAGAGGCGAGAGAAGAGGCGGGAGGAUGCGGUGGCUCCCCGGGCCGGGCUCUGGGUGGGCCGGUCGGGGCCUGCGGUUGGGGCUGGCGGUGGCGGCGGCGGCGCUGCUGAUCCAGGCGCUGCGCGGAUGGGCCUCCUCGCGGCGCUUCGAGUUCGAGCCUGAGGAGAUCGCGCGCCUGGCCAAGCACCACGCCGGCCUGGACCACGAGCUGGCCUUCGCCAAGAUCAUCGUGGAGCUGCGGCGGAAGCACCCGGGGCACGUGCUGCCGGACGAGGACCUGCGCUGGGUGUUCGUCAACGCCGGCGGCUGGAUGGGCUCCAUGUGCCUCCUGCACGCCUCCCUCUCGGAGUACGUGCUGCUCUUCGGCACCGCCGUCGACACCGGAGGCCACUCAGGUCGCUAUUGGGCUGACAUUUACGACACGGUCAUCUCAGGGACCUUCCGGCAAUGGAAAGAGGGAACGACUAAAAGUGAGAUUUAUUACCCAGGAGACACCAUUGUCCACAGUUCCGGAGAGGUCACCUCCGUGCAGUGGAGCGCCGGCACGUGGAUGGUCGAGUAUGGCCGAGGCUUCAUCCCCUCCACCCUGACCUUUGCCCUCGCUGACACGAUCUUCAGCACUCAGGACUUCCUCACCCUCUUCUACACCCUCCGGGUUUAUGCCAAGGCCCUGGUCUUGGAGGCUAACACGUACUUCAGCAGCACGAGUCAGUGAGUCUGCCCCCCCCCCCUCAAGCCCAUGAAAGGGGCACCCCCUCCCCCCCCUCCCAUCUCGUGUGCUAGCAAACCUGGAGCGGCUCCCGGCCUUGUACGGUUGGGUGCAUCGCACAUGUGUCAGGAAGCAGAGGUGGGUCCACGUCCUUCUCAGUUGCCCAUCCAUGGAUACCUGAAUGUCCAGCUGUAAAUAGGUAUCCAUGCUGCUCACAAGGUGAAGAUUCAGUCUCUCGUGGAGACCGGAUAUUCAGAGUAUUUGGGAGCCACGCAGAGAAAGAAAAAAAAGAAAGUCCCGUGUGCUUUAUGGAAGGAGUGGUGCCCACGUGCAGUGGCAUCGGUGUACAAUUGACCCAAAUAAUGCCAUUUGCAUGGUGGCAUGUAUCUUGUCAUGGUGGCAUUUGCCAGGCGCCUUUGGAAAGAGACGUUGCAUCCUCCUUGCAUGCUUUGAGUAGAGAUACCUCCUACAACAUUGUCACCAAGCUCCCUUGGUCCUUCUCUGCUUUGUUCCAAACGGGCCUCUUGAUCCCCACAAAUUCAAUAGGCAGCUGAGAAACGACAGCAGAACUUUUUGGAUUGAGCCCUUGAGAGUAUACAUUUGCACUACCGUUUAAGGCAGACAAAUACUUCCGGGCAUUUCCUUUUCCUUCCUUCCUUCCUCAUUUCAAUUUCUCAGAUGGAAAACGGGUAAUUUGGUUGAGCAAUAUCUGCGUUCACAGGUUGGAGAACACCCAUGCAGACUGGUGUUUUGACUGGGCUUCUGGAAAGUUCUUUCCGGCAGACUCGCGUUGUUCCCCUUGGGAUCUCUGUGUGUGGAUCUUCCACGACUCUUAUCUUGCUUCUCACCUGGAAAAAUAGUUUGGAAUUCCAGUUGUGUUUUCCUUAGGUCUUUCGUGAACCUUUUUCCUCUCACCACAAAUCAGCCAGCUGAUUGUCCUUUAUGGGCAAUCAAUUCAUCCUUCCUUACCCGCUUGCAGCACCCAAUUUCAGCUAAUUUCCUCGUCUGUUUUAGGUCUUCCAAAUCAUUUCAAAGGAGACUGGGAGGGGAGAGGUAUUUUCCCGUUCCUAUCAUAUUCUCCUCCUCCCAUCCUAGAGAUAGAAAAAAAACAACUCUCAAUGGCUUGGUGAUUAUUAUCCACACGAUUAUCAUCCAUUUCAGACUAGACGCAUUUGGAGCUAAAUCUAGCCUCUUCCAGGUAGUAGGCUGGGCCGGUUAGCUCCCUUGUGGAAUUUGCACGUUUCUAUCCCCCCUCUUCUCCGUCCAUGGCCCAGUGAACCACCUCAUACAAAACGGAGCUUGUGGUUUUGAAGAGAUGCUAUUAUAAUUAAGCAGUAGCUGCUGUGUAGUAGGACAGUUAGCAUUUUAGCUGCCUUUCGUGACUGGUUCUUCCUGUAUGUCUUAAUGCCUGGAGCACCAAUAACCAAAAUGUCUUUUGCAGCCCUUCUUUUCUCAAAAAAAAAAAAAAUGGAUUGUAAACAUUCUCAAGAUCUCAUCCAGUUUGGUCCUGUAAUAAUGCAGAACCGCCAUCUGUCACCCGAACCAUGCGCCUUAUUCUCUUGAGCUAUGCACGUGUGUAUGUGUGUGUGUAUUUAUAUAUAUAGAUAGAUAGAUAUAUACCUCCUGUUGUUGAUGUUAUCUGGCUGAGAACCAGGCGGUCAUGGAGGUUAAGUGACCUCUGGAAGAAUGGGGCCGGGGAUCCAGGGUGGCUGAAUCUGCUUGACUCAAAAAUGGACCGUCUAGAGUUGCAGAAAUGGGCAAACCCUCAAUGUUCAGGUUUUUGACCUGAAAUUCAAGCAGUGGGACCAAACCCAGGAUUGUUGAUUCUCUAGAACAGAGGUCCCCAAACUUGGCAGCUUUAAGACUUGUGGACUUCAACUCCCAGAAUUCUCCAGCCAGCUGGCUGGAGAAUUCUGGGAGUUCAAGUCCACAAGUCUUAAAGUUGCCAAGUUUGGGGACCCCUGUUCUAAAACAAACCAAGGCACCUCUUCUUCCUUCUCUCAAAAUAUCCCAAAAUUGCAACCAUCAAAAAAAGGGGUGUCGUUACUUAACAAUGAAGUUCCUUUUCUUCGUACCCAGUAUUAUUAACCAGAAGAUCCUGUUUCUGUAGCAUGGAAAUUAGGUUUAUGGUAUUGGUGGUCAGUUCUGGACUGUCCCUGGUUCCAGAACGCCCGAGAGAGAGAUCCUCAUCCUGAAUGCUUCAGUCUUCUGAAAGAGUCCUCCAUCUCCCUCAGAACGCUCUUGAGAUUGCUAGAUUGUCAAAACUUGGCUCAAUUCUGGCCCAGACUGGCUCCAGUCUGGAUCCUUCCUUUCUCCUCAGCUUAGUUUUGCCUAGAUGGAAAGAGAGGCUCAUCCCUUCUUGUGUGGUGUUGAAAUCCUUUUCCCCCACCUCUUUUCAUCAUUUGGCUUUGUCCUUUUUUUUUCCCCCUCCUGAAAGGUGGGCGGAAGUUGAUAUGCAGAAAGUGCCAGUAGAUGGCAAUAAUGGUUUGUCCUGGCCAUCCCCAGUGUAGUUGGGGAGAGGGUCUUUGAGGGUCUCUGAUCCUUCCUUGCAACAGCCAUGGGAAACCUGUUGAAGUACUGUUCAACUGACCCCCAUGGCUGCUGCGUGGAGGGCUGGUAUGGUCCAGUAGCCAGAUUUGACGGCAAGUUGCAUUGGCUGGAAAGUUUCCUCUACCCAUGAGAGAGCCCAAACCCUUCCCUUCCCCCCCCCCCCCCAAAAAAAUAGGGGCAUCCUUGGCAAAUUUACAAAUUUCUGCUUUUUUUUCCCCCCCCUGGGAGUUGAAUAUUACAGUCUUAAGCGCACAUUUUUCCCCCCCUUUCCUCCCACACUGAGCUCAAGCCGUCCUUUGUUCAGGUCAGAUCAAAGGCAGUGACGCAUUGCAGAAAGUUUGCCCGGCACCGAGGUCUCCCUCCGCGCCUCUCCUUCCGCCGGCCACUCUCUCUGAAGCCGUCCUUCAGUGAGGCUGGCAGCUAGCUGGCACAGACAGGCCGGAAUUUGCAGUCCGUUGGAACCCUCGGUCAAAUAUAUAAGCAUGUCUCCGGUUUCUGUUUCUCAGUUACUGCAAACGUCUCAUGUCUGAUGUUCACGAACAAGUGUUUGAGAAUCCGUGUGGGUGUGUGAUUGUUAUACUUUGACUAAAAAAAACAACAACCAAUACAAUGGACUGUGAUUAAACCUG